AUGUUGAUUAUACCAGAGACACGAUUGAUAUUCAUAUCGUUUUUCAUAUUCGGGCUCUUGAAUAACAUACUCUAUGUUGUUAUUUUAUCUGCAGCAAUUGAUCUUGUAGGAUCGUCUACCCCCAAGGCAAUUGUCCUAUUAGCAGAUAUCAUACCUUCGCUAAUGAUAAAAGUAAGUGCACCAUUUUUCAUUCACAAGAUAGCAUACCAGGUCAGAGUAUGGGGGUUAGUUUUGCUUUCGACGGUAGGGAUGCUAAUCAUUAGUUUUUCACCUCAAGCAUCUAUUUCCGCUAAGAUAUUGGGGAUCUGCAUGGCAUCACUAGCUUCGGGAAUGGGCGAAGUGUCUUUUCUACAACUUACCCAUUUCUAUCAGGAGAAAUAUUCGAUUGGAGGGUUUCUGUCCGGGACGGGAGGGGCAGGGUUAAUGGGGAGCUUUAUCUAUUUGAUUUUCACCAAUGUAAUUGGGUUGAAAAUAUGGAUUUCUUUACUAAUUUUUUCAUUACUACCUUUUGGAUUUGUAAUUUCAUUUUACUUGAUAUUACCAACUCCAACCUUAACCGAUGAAUUGAUUUCGUAUCAGCAAUUAAAUGAUGAACAGGAUUCAAAUCAUUUUUGGAAUACCUUAAAUAAAAUUAAACCUUUAAUCAAACCUUACAUGUUCCCAUUAUGUACGGUCUAUAUAUCGGAAUAUGUAAUAAACCAAGGUAUUUCUCCAACUUUACUUUAUCCUUUAGAAGACCUUCCCAAUUGGUUAUUUUCUUCUUAUCGAGAUAUUUACGUGGUUUAUGGUUUCCUAUACCAAUUGGGAGUGUUCAUUUCCCGUUCUUCAAUUAAUUUUGGUUUAAGAUUUCGCCAGCUUUAUUGGCUCACUUUACUUCAAUUCUUAAACGUUUUAUUGACUUUACAUCAAUCGAUUUAUAAUACUCCUUUCACCUCUAUUUGGCCUCUCUUAUGUCUUAUUCUAUACGAAGGCUUAUUAGGGGGAUUUUCCUACGUCAAUACUUUUAUGUCCGUUAGUGAAGACGUUCCAAAACUGAAACGAGAGUUCAGUAUGGGUUGCGUUGGUAUUAGUGAUAGUUUUGGCGUAAUGAUGGCCGGAUGUAUCAAUUUUUGGUUGGAAUCUAAAUUGUGUUCCAUCCAAGUUGAAAACGGCCGUGAUUGGUGCUUGAAUGGUUGA